CUAAUCACGGAUGAGGAGGAAAUUCCAGCGAAAAAAGUAUCUGUUUCCUCAGACGACCGUGUUGAAUCAAUAAUAUUCGAGCACCUGGGGCAAUUCCACGUGGAUUUUGUCAUUUUGUGUGGCGACACCGAGAUUUGGAGUGCCAAGGAGUACGGUGGAGCGAGCUUUGACCUCAGUCCCUAUGACGGAUACGAGCUGAUAGUGUACCGGAAGGAUUGUGAGAAGUAUAAGGUCUUGGUGGAAUUGAAAAAGUCCUAUAAAAAUGCGACUGAUAAACUUGCCCAUUUUUUCGUGAAAACUCCGUUGCCGCAUAUUGAACUGAAAAUUGAAGGAAUUCCGAUUACAGGCCUUGUUGAUACAGGUGCCCAACUGUCCAUUAUCACUAAAUCUGCUGCGGAGAAAUGUGGAAUCCUUGGGAAGCUAGACUCAAGAUUCCAAGUGAAUAAGUAAAAAGUAAAAUUUGGAAACCUUUUUUUCAAAAUGUUGGAAAUUUCAUUAGAAGAAU